GGGGAUGACAAUGAGCAGAAUGGCGAUGGGAUCUCAACAACUACUAGCAUGUCUUCAUCUUCCUCCUCAUCCUCGGCGUCAUCGGACUUGAGCCGUCAAUCCAAGGACGAGAUGGAUGCUGCUUCUUCGAAGCAAAGUAAGCCUAAGGCAAAGUGCAGGUCAAAGGCCAAGGCCAGAGCCCGUAAGGCGACCCCGGUACCACAGGUGCCGCAGAUGGAGGUGGGGACACAUGACACCUGCCAGCCGGCCAAGAGGGAGUUGAACGUUGAGUUGUCCUUUUGUUCAGACGAUGAAACCCUGAAUACGAAAGAGAGAUCUGUUCUCAAGUGCCCCUUGCAAAAAAAAGCAAGGAGAAGCGAACCCAAGGACACGAGCUCCAGCGCAUUGCCCGUGGAUUCUUUGGACGAGUCCUUCAGAUGGCACACUCACUUGGUUGACAUGUGCUGUGAAACUUAUGGUCGGGAGGCAGUGGACAGUGGCAUGGGCGGCAUGGAGAUUUUGAAGAACCAUUUGGAGAUCGCAGUGGACAUGGCUGGACAUGGCUGGACGGACAUUUUGCAGCUUCUGAAAUUGCCAGUUCGCAUUGCUGUGCAGCGAGUCAUGAAAGAGAAAGAAGCCCACGUGCAACAGUUGUUGGCUGAGUCUCAGAAUUCUGACACACCGAAACAAAAAAAACAGCAGCUGAAGUCAGACCUGAAAGAAGUCGGAGAGGGAGUGCUGAAGUCCCUUAUGGAGUGCAUGGAUCAGUUCUCAGACAAAGAUUUCUUUCAAGCCACAGCUGCGUGUUACAAGCAUCCUGAUGGGGCAGGAUCAUGUCAGAUCUUUCCUGACAAGGUUGAGACGUUGGAUGGUGAAGGUGCAGGCAGCAAGGAGUACUUCAUGGCAGGUACCUCUUGCACAGACUGGAGUAGCAUGGGCACAAUGACCUCCUUGGCGGGGUCAACAGUGCUCCCUUUUGCAGUGGAGCUGCAGAUCGUGAAGCGUCGCCGCCCUCGUGUGUUUUUCCACGAGUGCACACGGAACUUCCGACCAACUAUUUUGGCACAAUACUUGGAAGGAUAUGAAGUGCAUUCGGCGAUUCAGAAGCCCACCCUGCGAGGAUUCCCCAUUGCGAGGACCCGUGUCUACUCGGCAUGUAUCCGUGAAGACUUCACCCUGCACAACAUCAAUGAUGUUCAAUCAGAGCUGGAGGCCCUGUCAUUGUCCAAGAAAGGCGCCCGUGCCCAGAGCUUCCUGGAUGUUCUCCCAGCUGCAUUUCAGGUGCGACGUGACCAGUACCAGGCGAACGAGCGAGUGCAAGAUAUGAUGAGCGAUGGAUCUGACGUGAUCAUCAAUUUGACCCAGAAUGUGGAUUUCUUGUCUUAUGCCAGUACGAACUGCCCCUGCUUGCUCACCAAGAGCUACAUGUGGCAAAUUAUCGCAAAGAAACUUGCCCGGGGGUAUUGUUUGACAGACUCCUAUGCUGUUCGAGCCUUUCAGAGAUGCUGUAAAGAACAGCACACAGAGAACCAGAUGGACACUCUGAAGGUUCAAAACCCUGACUUGUGGAAAGGGACUGUCAUAGCCUUCCGAGAUCAGAGAAGUGUUGGCAAGGGAACCAAAUUUGAUGUCCUACGUCACCUUGAAGCUACUAAGAAGGCUUUUGUUCAGGAUUCCGACGAUGUGUACCGCCCCCUCCUGUUUGAGGCGUACCUGAAGCACUUCAUGGAGCUGCCUGCGCCUCUCCACCUCACAGAGGCGCAGGCGACCGCCCAAUGGUAUUCUGAUUUGCAGAACCCAAAGAUUAAGAAGUCGGAGAAAAAGUAUUACAACCCCAAGUCCAAGCAGGACGAGGCAGCUUGGCGAUCCCAGACAGUGCAGAAAGAGACAAUGUCCAAGAACUCAAGUCAAGGUCGGGAGCUGAUGACUCGCUUAGAGACGGCGCCAGUGGAUGCAAAAGCUUUCAAGGCAGGUUUGACAGACCUGUCCCUUGAAUUUGAGGCGGGACUGGACUCGACAGGACUGGCUCCAGUGGGAGGACUGGGAAGAGGACGCUUUCCCAGCCGAAGGAACAACAAGGGGGGGGAUGGCUCAACGGCAGGGCCGUCGGGCCGCAGAGCUGCUGGGAAGGCAGCCCCCAAAAUCGAGAACAUUGACCUUGUUGCUGGUAGCAAAGCCAACAUGUUGAUGGUGACUGUUGUGCUGCAACACACCCUGACGCUACAUCAUGCAGGUGUCACUGAGUCUCAAAUCGCCGAGUGGGUGGUCAACGGGACGGAUCCUUAUCAGUUGGGCACCAACCGAUCUGUCUACAGGUGCGCUUUGCAGUUUGUCAAGCGGGUGGAGAUGGCAGAGAUGCUGCUGGGAGGCAGUCCUCUUCCGUCAGGGACGACUUGCAAGGAUGUGGUGGAGCAAGCAGGAUUCUUUGCGGAGGACUUUGCACCAGUGGUGGUUCCAUGCAGCAUGUUGAUGAUGAACCUCAAAGGGUACCUUUUGGAGGGUCCGCAUUCUCGAGCCGGGGUGGAUGAGCAGGCCAAAAAGGUUCGAACCAUGAUGUCAGGCUUCCGUUGCAUGACCAGUGCCUUGAAGAAAGGCGCUUCUGACGUGCAAUCGGCCCUGAACACCAUCAAGGCAGCAGAAGCCUUGAAGGAGAGGCGCUCGGGUGACAAGAGGGCAGCCCAGGCGAAGGCGAAGAUGCUCAAGUUGCCGGCAUUCGCUUCAACAAGUGACCCUUCCAUCAUCAAGAUCCACAAGAGCUUGUGCAAGCGCCAGGAGGUCGACAAAGCUGCUUCUUUCGAGACAUUGAAGACCAGCAGGGAUGCUGACGCGCCCUUUAUUCUGAGGCGAGGCAAGAACGUCUACAAGGCCAUUUGGAAGGAUGAGACUGUGCGUACCAUGGUGUCAGCGCAAGUUGACAGCUUCAAGGAGGAGUGGGCGAAGCGCAAAGAGAAGACCCAAGCAAACCUGAUGCCCCCAGGAUUCAAUCCAGAUCAGAACAAGGAGCUUGUCGCAUCCCAUUCAGAUAUCAUCGGACUCAUCCCGGGCCCAUUUGGGGCCAUGCUGACGCCUGCAGCUGUUUGUUUGCCAAGGGAAGCUUCAGCAGACGGAGUCAACCCUGCUGAUGACACAGCGCUCCAGAACUUCCUCGAGGCGUAUUUCAUGGCUGGGCAGAGAAAGGAGUUCUUGCACCAUGGCGUGGAGAUGAACGGCUUUGCCAAUCUACGUGUUCAGUUGCAAGGUCACAUUCGACGAGUGCUCCAAUUGGAUGCUGCGCAUGGACCUCCAGCGCAUCCCGCUGUCAAUCCUCCCGCUGAAAUGCAUUCCAUCUAUGAGGAUCGUUUGUGGAUUGUAUCUCAAGCCUAUGCACAAGAGACUCCAGCCGAGCCCGCCCAGCCAGAAUUGCCAGAAGCGGAUGGCAGAAAUGAUGAGGAGCAGGAAAGAACUGGGUUUAGUGGUGAUUCUUCGGAAGAGGCAGAAGACGCGGAAGGCAAACCACGUGCAGCCAGGGCUGCAGUUGCUGAGCAUGAGCAGAGCACCCCAAAGCAAGCGGGCACCUCAGCAGAGGCGCAAAACACCAGGCCAACCGAAGCAGAACUGAUUUCUGAUGACAGUCAGGAACAAAUUCUCAGCCUGCUGGAAGAAGUAGCAGCUGAAACAGCCAUGCAAAAGGAGCCCACACAAGCAGCAGAGACCGCAGCCGCAGCUCCAGAGCAGAACCUCGGCAGUGCGCAAGAAGUAGCCCCCGCAGAGACUCCAACCGCCACAGCUCCAAAGCAACAACAAGGCAGUGCGCAAGAAGUAGCCCCCCCAGAAGCUUCCACAGAGGAGCCCGCACAAGCAGCAGAGACUGCAGCCGCCACAGCUCCAGAGCAGCCCAAGGAACAACAAGGCAGUGCGCAAGAAGUAGCCCCCCCAGAAGCUUCCACAGAGGAGCCCGCACAAGCAGCAGAGACUGCAGCCGCCACAGCUCCAGAGCAGCCCAAGGAACAACAAGGCAGUGCCCAAGAAGUAGCCCCCCCAGAAGCUUCCACAGAGGAGCCCAUGCCGUCAGAGACUGCAGCCGCUGCAGCUGCGGAUCAGAAGUCCAAGGAACAACAAGGCAGUGCGCAAGAAGUAGCCCGGCCAGAAGCUUCCACAGAGGAGCCCAUGCCAGCACAGACUGCAGCCGCCGCAGGACCAGAGCAGACGCCCAAGGAACAACAAGGCAGUGCGCAAGAAGUAGCCCCCCCAGAAGCUUCCACAGAGGAGCCCAUGCCAGCACAGACUGCAGCCGCCGCAGGACCAGAGCAGACGCCCAAGGAAAAACAAGGCAGUGCGCAAGAAGUAGCCCCCCCAGAAGCUUCCACAGAGGAGCCCGCACAAGCAGCAGAGACUGCAGCCGCCACAGCUCCAGAGCAGCCCAAGGAACAACAAGGCAGUGCGCAAGAAGUAGCCCCCCCAGAAGCUUCCACAGAGGAGCCCAUGCCGUCAGAGACUGCAACCGCCACAGCUCCAGAGCAGAACACCAAAGGGAAAAACACAGCUGUGGAAGAUGCACCUGCCCCAAUGGGACCACCCACAACGGUUCCAGAAUCUGCAAGCAAGAAGAGGAAGAUUUGCCAAAAAGAGCCGCCGUCAGUUUCACCACAUGCAGCUCCGGUUGAUGCAUCCAGUGCAUCCCAGCCGGAGAAGACACCGCACUAUUUCAGCAAGUUUGAAGUACCCAAGGCGUUUGAGAAGGCACCUGGGAUGGACAAAAGUGAGCAUGAAAGGUUGCUGAAGGAGCCGAGACCUGACACACCAGCGCUGGAGGAGCUGGUACUGGAGCUGACCAAGUCCAGCACGGAGCGGGGGGAUUCCGGGACACAUCCAGAAGUUGGCGAGUUGAACCGGGACCCGCCCACCAAGCCUGCUGUUCCUGCGGCUCCACCUGCCUCGCCCUGUGGAAAGGGUGCUGUGGCUGCCUUAGCUUCGCAGAAAGCGAGACAGCGAGAGUUCCCAGAAGUCUUGGACGAUGGCGCUGUUCAGAGCGGCUCGAGCCGCUGCGGUGGUUCCAUGUGUGGAGAUUUUCCCUUCUGCACCGCUCGCUGCCCCUUCCUGGUGGCCUGUUUAACCUUGGUGGCCACCCCUCUGCUGCUGAUCCUGCUGUGGCCGGGCUUGGUGAUCAACAGUGAUACCUCAGUUUUUCUGGAGGCCGACAGUCGUUCCUCCUCAAUUCGCUCCGCUUUCUUAGGAGCUUUGCCCUUCCGUGACGCGGAGGCUGAGGGUCGACGGCUGAUGACAGGUCUCAUGCCACAUAUCGAUGUGAAGGACAUGUACAAGAUGGAUCAUCUCAUUUUGUAUUGGAGCACCACUGAUCCCAAGGGUUUACUCCAGGAGAAGUACCUGCGCCCGAUGCGAGCAUUAGAGUUGUCUCUCCGGAAUGGUCCCUUGUAUCAGCUGACGUGUCAUGAGAUGUCGACGCCGGGGCUGGGAGCCAUGUGCGACCCAGGGCACUCAGUGGUGAAUGCAGCUUACCCAAGUGAAGCUGUCAAUGCAAGCGAGACUGAUCCCUACAUUAAGAAGCCCAUGGAUGGUCGAGGAACUGAACUUCUGCGCCCUGACGUGAUUCAGAAGGUGAUCUCGGAAAAGGACGACUACAAAGAACUGAUGCUACCUCGGAAUUAUCAGGAUGGAGAUGUGGUGAUGAUGGCAAGGAGCUACUUUGGUUGGAACAUGUUGUGUUGCAGAAUCGACGUUCCUAACAGCGUCCGCGGCGCCGAGCUAAUGAGAAUACGAGGUGUAUGGGACAAGCUUUUAGCCACAGAAGUGAUCCCGAAGUUGGUAGACUUUCAGGCCUCACUGAACCGUGUUGUGGACUUGUGCGCAGGCCUCGGGGGUUUCUCGGUGACAGUCCCGUUGGUUGGAUUUUCCGUUGCUGCUGGGGUGGACCACAAUGACCGUUGGCGUUCCUUGUUUGAGUCUCUGCAUGAAGGGGCACAGUUCAUUGUUGGUGACCUGGCUGACACCUCUGUCUUGCGUCAACUGCUUGGUUUGGAAUGUUUCCAUGGUGUGGUGUGCUCUGGUGUGUCCUGCCAGCCUCAUUCGGUGCUUGGUGACCGUAAGGGAAUGUCAGAUCCACGAGCCAAGUCGCUUCCUCACAGCCUCCAACUGGCCUGGCUCCUUCAAGCUGCUGUGGUUUUACUGGAAUGUACUCCUGAGGUACUCCGUGAUGCACAGGCUCAGGAGUUGUUGCGUCAGUUCACUGUUGCCACAGGAUACCGGCUGUCUCAGACCAUUCUUCGACUUAGCAACACCUGGUGCACCAAGCGAGACAGAUGGGUUGCUGUGUUGACCGCCCCAGUAGUCCACCCGUGCUACAUCCCUGACAUGCCAUGCUUGCAGGAGAUCCAGGUUGUCCGUGAUCUCAUUCCUGAAAUCCUUCCGUGGCCGAAGCCUGAUCAGGAUCAGUUGGAGCUGAACUUGUACGAGCUGUCCAAGUACUAUCAGUAUGCUGCAGGAGGGAUUGAUGGGGCCUGGGUUCGCAUGGAUGACAAGUUGCCAACCUUGUUACACAGUGCUGGCAAUCAGAUGUACACCUGUGCUUGUGGAUGUCGUGCUGCUUUGUCGGAAACCAGGCUUCGACAGAAGGGGUUGGUAGGUGUCUUGAUACCUUUGUCCACAUGCCAGACUCACAUGAACUUGGAAAUGCGGCAUGCCAGAUACCUCCAUCCUGUUGAGAUGUGGGCACUCAUGGGUGGCAACCCACAAGCACCCAUGGGAAACAAUUUGAGGUUGGCCAUGGCUGGAGUUGGUCAGGCUGUUGCUGCGUUGAUGGGCCUUUGGAUUUUCUCCCAUGUGCGUCAGUGCCUUGAUUGGACUUUCGAGCUUCCUCCAUGUGAUCCGCUGCCUGUCCUCAAGUCGUACAUGUCAACAGUCCUGCAGGAAUGUCGCAGCAAGUGGUCUCCUGGUCUUCCCAUGACCGUUGCUGAUGUUGAUGAUGACCCGGUUGAAGAUGUUGAAGAUGCAGCACAGCCCAAGGUGGUCACUCUCACUCGUCCAUGUACCGGAGAACCUGAUGUCACUGUGAAGCUCUCCCCAGGUACCACAGGAGUUCAGCUCUUGGCUGCUGAAGCGCAAUUGGGCGUUGAUGUGACUGACUACACCCUGAGGAUUGAUGGUGAAAAGUUUGAUGCCACUGAGCAGCUCCGAGGAUCGUCCCUUGUUUCACUUGUUUCACCGGAUUGGGACCCAGCCAAUUUGUACGCCACUCCGGCCAUUCCUUGCUGCUUUGAUGCCGAUGAGUUUCUCAGGUAUGUCCAUGCGUCUGAUGCCACGCGCCCUGGUUUUGUCACCGAUUUGGAGGGUCUCCGAUCAGCUCGUUGUCCUGUGUUUUCGAAGGCUGAGAGGGUUGGAUUGCUGGCUCAACAAGGUCCGGUUUGGGGUGAUGAUGAGGUGCUCCAUGGACUUAUGCAGACUGAACUAGGCACUGAGGAGGCUCAAUAUGUGCACGUGUGGGAUCCUCUGCUAGUCACCGGCCUGAUUCACCAUGAAGACCAGGCCACUUGGCAAUACUUGGUCUCCGAACUUGGGCAUGAAGCCACAGUGAUUUCAGCGGUGUUGCUGGGUGGUCAUUGGAUUCCCUUGGUGUGGAGGGUAGAUAUGGUGGGUUCUCAACUUCACUCCCUGUCUGUCACCAUGGAAUUUGUCUCUGUCCUUGAGAAGCUGAGCCGUAUCAUCGAAAUCCACCGAGGUGGUGCACGAGGCACGUGGAGAGCACAUAUGGUCAGAGACAAUGAGUCCUUGUCCCACUUUGCUGCCGGGUUACGUCGGGGCUUCUCUGAACACAUUGAUGACCCAUGUUAUCGACCGUGCUUGGCUGGCCUUGGACUUUCCGUGUCAGCACGUCUUGCGGACCUUCUGACUGUGCAUGGUGUUCCUGUGUCUGAAUCGUCCACUCGAGCCAUGUCUGUCUUGAAAGCCCUGGGUGAAGCCGAUGUCAGUGCUGCUUUGGACUCUGGGAACCCCUGGAGAGAAUUGAAGUGGUUGGGUAAUCAAGUCCGGCCCCCCUUCAUGUUGAUCAAGCCCUCUGAACUCCAAGCUCAGAUUGACAAGAGGGUUAGUGACCAGCCGGUGGGCAACAAGAAGCAUAAGCGUGCCAAGUCUGCCAAAGGAGGGGGUAAGGGACAUGCCAAGCCUGCCACUUGCUUGGACCCUACACUGCUCAGGUUGGAAUCAGGCAUUUUCCAGAGCGAGGAUGGUACUCCUCUGUCGCAGCUCAGUUUGCCUCAAGUCGGAUCGGCCUCAUCGGGGGUUGCUGUGGUGUCUGUGUCUGCCAUUGACCCGUACCUGAAAGCCGGCCGUCCUCUGUCUGCUGGUCCCUUGGCCUUGUUUGUGGUUGACUCCCCGACUGCCCCUGCCACCUCAUGUCCAGUGCGCCCAGAGCGGGUCCCAUUGGUCUGUGCAGCCAACUCUGAGCCGCUGCUGGUGGAUGGCCACUUGAUUCAACUUGGUGCGGUGCCUGUUUGUCGAGUGCCCCUGCAGUCCGGCUGUGAGGUGAAAUCGGUUCCUACUUGCGUGGUCAAGGCCAUGGUCUUCAAAGAUCAAACCACAGUGUCUUGGGGUGAGGUGGUGUCGCAUCCGUUGCUCCACAUCUUUGCCAUGGUGCCUCCCCUGCUGCAGUGUCGUGAUGAAGACUGUUGUGGCUGUGAAUGUUGGCACCGAACUGUGGACUUUCCCUUGGACUCACCUGUGCUGGAAUUAUGGGGUAAGCAGUGGCUCCGCUUGGACUUUAGCCCUGCUUCCCCUGACCAAGCUGACAUGUUCACUUGCCACAUCAGGCUGCCAGAACACCUUCAGAUGGUGGUCCAACAGUUUUCAGGGCACAAUGGGGUGUAUCUUGAACCAAAGUCAUUGGAUGGCCGCAAACCUUCCCCUGCCUUUCAGGUGGUAUGGCUUCCCAAGCAGGACAUCAGCCAACUCAUCCUGAUGCGACAAACGGUUGCCCAUGUGAUUGGACUUGCCAGGCUGGGAACUAAAAUGGGCCUUCGAUGCAAAUCUGAACAUGCUGCCGAAGUUUUUGGGGUGUUGAAGCCAGGGCACACCUUCUUGCCCCCAGGCAAGAGGCAGAGCUAUUUGGUUGGUCCGUUUGCAUAUGGUACCCUCCAAGCAUCCGUGGCACAGGUGCUUCAGGCCAAUGGAUGGGUUGCCAAGCCAGUUCAGGUUGUCGCUGCCAAAGCACAUGUCCAAGGUUUGAUGUUCCGUGUACAGUCCGUCCAAGAGCCCCCCAUGAAAAUGUUGCGCCUUGCCCAUGGUGAUGUCUUGAUUGCAAAGGAGGAUGAGAAUGUCAUGCCGGUUGAUCCUGCUCCGAAGGUGUUUUCCACGUCCCAAACUGAGUCCUUUGUCUCGAAGUCAGCAGAGGGAGAUUACAUCCAAACGCAUGACCCAUGGGCCAAAGCAGCCGCCCGGCUCCCUGCCAAGACAUUUCCAAUUGGUAAUCCCUUGGAGGAUAUCACUCAAAAGGUUGUGGCGGAAGUUAUGGCCAAAAUCCCCCAGCAAUCGAUGGAGGUGGACUCCGAACAGUCUAUGGACAAGAGGGUGGAAACCUUGGAGAUGCAAUUGAAGGAUUUGACUGGGCAGACUCAGUCUCUUGCCCAUCAAGCCCAGCAGCAGGCACUUGACACCUCUGGUCAGCUCCAGGACUUGCGAGGCCAAUUGCAGCAGCAAAGUACUCACUUCGAGAAUGCCAUUGCUGCCCAGGCGAGUGCUAUCCAGGGAUUUCAGGACACUUUCCAAGAGCAGUUCAGGCAGCAGGUCACCCACCAGCAGACCAUGUUAGAUAGCAUGUUCAGCAAACAGAUGUCUCAGUUUGAGAGCCUGCUGUCGAAACGCCAUCGCCCCGAGUGA